CACUAACGGUGCCGCACAAAGUACUGAAGAGCCCUCGGGCUCUCGGCUACGACCAAGAAAAGAAAGACCAAAGGCGGCGAAGAACCUUAGCCCCAGGGAAGAAGUUUUGGCAUUGUGUAGUAUGGAGAAGCCUAUGCCAUUUCAAAGCCUACAAUUUCAGAAUCUCCAGAAAAUCGGAGAGGGGACGUUUGGGGAAGUGUAUACCACUGGAGAAAAUGUUAUUAAAAUCAUUCCUAUUGAAGGAGAAAUUUUAGUAAAUGGGGAACGACAGAAAUCUUUCAAAGAAAUAAAAAAAGAAAUUUUAAUUACAAAAGAACUCAGUGAACUUCGAGAACGUAUUUUUAACAGGUGUGAAACAUUCGUUAAAUCCCUUGGCUUCAAGAUUGUUUGUGGCAAGUAUCCCAUAGAACUGUUGCGAGAAUGGGACAGGUUUGAAACAUCUAAAGGAUCAGAAAAUGACCGCCCAGAUUUCCUCCCUGAUGAUCAACUCUUUAUUAUUUUCGAGUUUGAAAACUCUGGAGUAGCUCUGGAAUCCGUCGAGAUUGAAUCCGUUGCUCAAGGUGUCAGUAUCGUUAAGCAAGUCUGCUGUGCUCUGGCCGUGGCCGAGAAGGCUUUACAGUUUGAGCACCGAGAUCUCCACUGGGGCAACGUGUUGGUGCGAGCCUCGGUGGAAGACACGAUCAUCUUUCGACUUGACGGAAGAGAUGUGAGUGUUCGGUCACAGGGAGUAGAAGUGAAAAUCAUUGACUUCACCUUGUCCAGAAUAACAAAAGAUAACAAAACCAUAUAUAUAGAUCUUAAAAAUGACGUAAGUUUGUUUGCUGGACAAGGUGAUAGUCAGUUCGAUAUUUACAGAGAGAUGAAGAAAAAGAACAAGAAUGACUGGGCGGCAUUUUCCCCAUUCUCCAACAUUCUAUGGGCGCAUUACAUUUGCCAGAAGAUUUUUGAAGCCAAGCUACAGGCCGGUUUAGACGAGAUAAGAGAUUUUUAUAAGAAGGUUUUAAGUUAUAAAAGCUGUUACCGUUUGAUGUGA